ACCACGGCUAGCGAGGGACAAGGACGGUCUGGAGAACGAGCUGAAAAUGGAGUGAGACACAGCUUGUAGACGGCACCUUCGCUCAGUUCUGUGACCUCAGCAUGGCUCAUCGUGUGUUACACCAAAGAAUCGAGCUGGAGAAGAGUGUGAGGAGAUUUCGGGAGACGUUCCAGGGCAAAGUAUCUCUGGAGCUGGCUGUGCUGCUGAUGAAAAGAUAUAACAGCAAUUACUCGCUUGUCAGCAAGUACGUUAUCCUGAUGGCCACAGAUCAGGAUACAGGGGGGUUGGAUGCUGACGAUAGGAAGGAGAUAGAGGACGAUGCAGUAAUCAAGGCAGUUAUUGAGAAGCUUCAAGAUGAAGAGAACAAGGCAAAGACCAAGAACGUAGUGUCAAAGUUGACACAGAAGAAUUUGGAACUGUUUAACUUGGCCAAUGCAAAAUCAGUUCCAUCUGAAGACAGGCAGUUCUCCUGCAGCCAGUGUGACAACUAUUGGUGGAGAAGAGUCCCUGCAAGAAAACAGGUGUCCAGGUGUCGACGGUGCAAGCAGAAGUACGACCCGGUCCCUUACGAUAAGAUGUGGGGUUACGCUGAGUUCCACUGCCAGGACUGUGGCCAUGUCUUUGGGGGGUUCGGCCAGAUGGGUCUCCCUGCGCCGUGCUAUGUCUGCUACAGCCACGUGCCUCCCACCCGGAUCCUUCCGCCAAAGAAGAGUCUUGGACCUCGCAGCCCGAGACCCCACAGCUGCUUUGCCGAGGACUGCUACAACCGCAGAGAGCCUCACAUUCGUGGCACCCACUGCGUUCACCCGCGAAGUCGGCAACGUAGAGGCCUCCCGAAGGUUCUGUACCCAAGCCCGGCGCACGAUAGCACAGGCUCCACCAUUAACACCUGCCUGAGUCAGGGCAGUCUGAUGGAGUGCCACGUGGAUGACAUCAUUGCCGAGGACAUCCUCGAGGAGGAUGAGGACACCGCCGAGGAAGAUGAGGACUCGACGGAGAAGUCAGACAGCGUGAACAAUGAUGACGGCGAUUAGAGGCUCGUGGUGAAUAAUCUGAACGUUGAGCGCAGUUGUGUACAGUCACAGUAACACAGCCUCCCCUGGGUAAUGAACUGGGCAGGAGGGCCUUGGGGAGGAAAUUGGCACCAACCCAAAGUGUUGGUUUCCGAGAUUGGUCGUACUGAAAUUGUCCCUCCCAAGAAGGAGGAAAUUUGCAAGCAAAUACUUGCUUUAAUUCCAUGUAAAUUUACAUUUAAGCAAUCAAGCUUGGGUUUUAUUCCAAGGUGAUGGAAAUUUCCUUCCACAGACCAAUCAAGGGAGGUGUGAAGGAGAAGUGAUUACUCUGUGCAUGGGUAUGUGUGCGUGUGAGUGUGGUCAUCGCAUCUUUAAUUGGCUGCCUUAAGGGAGAAGGUUGAAGCUGUGAAAUUAUUUUUUUCUCUGUGGAAGACUUACUGUUCUCGCUAUCUGUGGUUUAUGGGAUCCGUCCCUGGGCUGUGAUCCAAAGGAGAGUCCAGUGAUCCGCAUUCAGUUGCUGAAUCCUCUGGGAUUUUUGCUUUUAGCUGUGAGGCAGCUUACGAAAGGGCUACUGUCAUUGGGGCAGUGUCGUUUUAUGCCAUUGUGCCUGUACUAGUUUUCUGGAAGACACAUCCAAUUUGUCCCUCUUAUUUCUUUAAUUUAAUUUAAUUUUUGUGGAUAUUAUUUUUUAAGUCAUUGUGAGUUCAGUUUCUACUUCUGUUACUGCUGGAAAAGUCUGCAAUUUCCUUUUCUAGUCCUACGAUUUAUGUUUGCUGUAACCAAACUUGUGUCAGGUAUCACCUCCCCUUAGCUACCUCGCUCACUGAACUGAACAGACUCCCCCUUCACCAGCACCACCAUUUUAUUUUGGUUUUCAAACUGCUUCAUGUCCCUCUCUGUGUCUCGGAACCACUUCAGUUUAAGAUCUUUACUACUAGUUUCCUCUUUCACCUGCCUGGGCACGAACCUUGUAAUUCCCUUUCAGCUCUCUGUCUCCGAGAUGUCCCUCAAAAGAGCGUCUUGGCCGAGUUUUUAAUCAUCUGAUUGUUAAGGCUCAUUGCAAGAUUUUGCCCUUGAAAAUCCUUGGGACAAAUCACUGCAUUGAAGGCAUCAUUUAAGCAACCGACUCUCUUGACUUUUCCAAACUUUAUCUGCCUCAUAAUUCAUAAUCCUUCCAUGGACAGCUCUUUAACAUUUCUUCUGGUGUCAGAUGGGUUUAUGCUGAACCGGUUAAUGUCCAAGUCAGUUACUGGAAGUUAUGUCAUCUCAUUUUCUCUCCCAUUCCUGCCUAUCUCCACCCACCCACAGUCAAUUGAGAAGUGUGUGGGCUCUUCGUGAAUUGAUUGGGUCAUGCGAGGUCGUCUUGACUUUUUUUCUGUGCAAGACUUACUUUUUGGUUAAGUUGUUUUGUGGGAAUGGCUGUUCACAUGAUUCACCUCCCCGGGGUUGUUACUUAAGGAGACUCCAUUGUACAAGAUUCCAGACCCAUCCAGUUGUACACUGCAGGGAAAGUGUUGGCAAUGGCUCGGACCUCGGACUCUCACCGUCCUCUGCGUACUGCAAGCCAAUGGCAAUGUUCCCAGCAUUGCGGACCCAGUUACACUCGGUGUCCGUUGUGUUGGGAGGUCACAUCAUUCACCAGAUACCCCACUUCUGAGCUGUGUCGGAUGGGGUGGACAGAGGAAGAGAUUCAAGGUUGUGCUUGAAGUGUCCUUGAAGAAAUGCAACAUCGUCACUGACUCCUGGAAUCCCUGGCUGAUCGUUUGGGGUGAUAUUGAGAAGAUCAAGCCUUGGGCACCCACAGAAGCUGUGGAAGGAGCUCACCGCCAGCAUCCACCCCUACUGCAGAAGAGUCUGCAGUAAAUUCAUCAAUCACCUCAGAACCCACCAAACCAGAGUGAAAGCAACUUGGCCUUGAUCCUGAGGGACUGCCCAGGAAUGAAGGUUGUCACUCAAAAAGUUAUUUCCCUGUCAAUUAAUGGCUUACAAAUGAAGGUGCUCAUAAUGGUGUCACAGGUAGACAGGGUGGUGAAGAAGGCUUUCAGCAUGCAGGCCUUCAUAAGUCAGGGCAUUGAGUAUAGAAGUUGGGAGGUUAUGUCGCAGUUGUACAAGAGAUGCCUCACUUAAGAGUCUUGUGUACAGUUUUGGUCCCUGUUACAGGAAAGAUGUCAUUAACCUGGAAAGAGUGCAAAGAAGGUUUACGAGCAGGUUGCCAGGUCUCGAGGGCUGGAGUUAUAGGGAGAGGUUUUGGACAGGCUAAGAUUUUAUUCCUUGGAACGUAGGAGACUGAGGGGUGACCUUAUAGAGGUGUACACAAUCACGAGGGACAUAGAUAGGGUGAAGGCACACAGUCUUUUUCCCAGGGAAGGGGAACCAAAAACUAGAGGGCAUAGGUUUAAGGUGAGAGGGGAACGAUUUAGAAGGGAGCUGAGGGGUGACUUCUUCACACAGAGGGUAGUGCGUAUAUGGAACGAGCUGCCAGCGGAAGUGGUUGAGGCAGGUCCAAUAACAUUUAAAAGGCAUUUGGAUAAGUACAUGGAUAGGAAAGGGUUAGAGUAAAUACGGGCAAAUGGGACGAGCUCAGGUAGGCACGUUGGUCAGCAUGGAUGAGUUGGGCCGAAGGGCCUGUUUCCCUGCUGUAUUAUUCUAAUGGGAGAAAGGCACGCUUAUGUUUAAUGCCCUGUGCUAACAGCAGUGCUCUGGAGAUUAAACUCAGAUUGCAGGAGACUCUUGGAGAAUUGGCGCCUCUGCCUGUACUUCCUUCCCAAUGGAGCAUCAACGAGGUUUAUUCCUAAUGGGACUUUCUCGCUUGUGCUUUUGUUCCCCUUCCAUAAGCUCCUGUGCUGAUCAGCUGUCGGUUGUCUUGAAGAAACCAAGAGAUCACCGUGCGCUGAAUCGUACCCACCAACCUGCGUCCCCUCACUCUGUGUUACACUGCUCCAGAGCCCAGGCUUAGAGGAAGUCUUGAUGGACAGGAACCCCAGUCACAGCCACUGAACCCCAGGGCGUUCUGGCCCAGAGGAGAGAUGGCCACCAUGUACUUGGCCUGCGAGCUCUGUGGAGACCCCUUAGCCUCUUUCGGAAGUUUUGGGUUCAAGCCUCACCUUAGAAGCUCGCUGAGGGAUUGCUGUGCUGAGUACCAAGUUGGCCUUCACUGAAGACCCUGCACUUUUCCCCUGCAGACAGGCACAAAGGAUCACAAGUCACUAUCGGUAGAUUGUUGAUGAGGAUCUGUUUUUAUUGUUGUUACCUAUAUCUUUCCAUUAGAUCACUUCGCCCUCUGGGUUAUAGUCCGGUCUCAAUAAGCUGUUCCCCGAAGACUUGAGUUGAUAAUAGUUGGUCUCAGGCCGUUUCCUGGCACCACACCAGCAUUCUGCAAACUUCUUCUGAGCUGAAGUGUUUGUAUCAGGGAUUGGUUUGUCUUUUCACCUCUUCUUCCCACCCUCACCUUUGAAAUUACCUCUGUUUUUGUCUACUUCUCCCUGUUACUCUCUCCCCUAUUUUUCUCCCCCUUUAUCAUUUUCAUCUCUCACUUAUCGCUGUCUCUGCCUCUCUCUCUCUUUUUCCUCCCCAUGUCUCUUUAGUCUUUCUCCAUUUCUCCCUGUUUCCACCUCUCUCUGUCCCACUCUCCGUCUCUCUCUCUCUCUCUCUCUCUCUCUCUGUCUGUCUCUCUCUCUCCAUCUGUCUCUCUCCAUCUCUUUUUGCUCUCCAUUUCUUUUUACAUCUCUCUUCUCUCUCCAUUCUCUCUCUCUCUCUCCCCCUUUCUCCCUCUCUGUCUGUCUGUCUGUCUGUCUGUCUCUCAUUCUCUGUAUCUCUCCCCCCAUGUCUCUAUCUUUCUAUACGUAUCUCUCUCAGGUUUAACGGACCUCGUAGACAAGGGGAGUGGGUUGGGAGUGAAUUCCUUAGUUCCUAUAAACUUUUGUGCAAAAGAUAUGUCAAGAAUUAAAGCACUGUAAUGGUGUUGUUGCAUAAGAGAAAAAUAUAGCUUAUUUAUAAAAAGCAGGGUAGAUUAGAAACACCGACAGUUUAGAACAUCACAUUUUGAAGGCAUAGGAUUAAUUCUCCUGCUUCAUAACCAGACAGAAACCACCUUGUUAAACAUUUUUUGCCACACGUAAAUUCUCUCCCUCAUUGUCCCCCAGACGUUACUGAUAAUUCUGGAACCCGCCAGAGUGAGUCAAAAUCUUCUGGGGAUGGGACAGAGCAGAGGCAGAGGGUGGUCACUUCUGUAUCACAGGAAUGUCGGCUGUGAAAUACUUUAGUCUCACGGGCACAUAAUACGUCGGCUUUGGAACGAGUGUCAGUGCUGGGAGCUGCAGUCUGCACUUCCUCACUGUGGAUGUGUGCUGUGGAUUCUGUCUGAGCACUUCAAGUAGUGGAUUUAGCAUUGGAAUUGUGUAAAAGGUGAGACCUGCUUUUAAAAAAAAAUUGUUGGAUGAGUUUGAGCAGUGUCGAAUUGUUUUAAUCUUGUUUGCACAAAAUCAUGUAUUUUUAACAUUAAAAAUCUGAGACUGA